AUGGCCAUUUCAAUCGCUGAUUCCAUUCGUAGUGAGUCUGAGAAGCUCUCGUCAGCUUCCAUCACAGCCCCAUUCGGCUUCCCAAAGGACCCUGCUGCCAUCCAAGGAACUGUGUACACAACAGCAGCCACUUUGAACUCCUCUGCGGUGUACUCAUCAGUCCAGAAGAUCUUCACUUACCAAGCCAUCGGUAACAAGGACGCACUUGAUGCUUCACUCAAGUUGUGGGCCACUUUGCAGAGAAAGAACGGCAAGGGAGCUGUCCCAUCUGUCUCAAACUUGGAGGUGAGAUCUGGUGCUGGUAAUGCCAUCUUGGGUUAUCUGUCCAAUGCUAAGAAGGACCAAGUCAUCCCAUUGGUCACCACAGGUGCCUCAUUGCCUUAUUUCGAGCCAACUUUGAAGUCUGCCUGUCAAGAGAAGCUGUUAUCCUUGCAAGUCUCUGCGUUGGACUACGACGAUCACUCCGGUACCUUGGUUUCAAACUAUGUCACUCCGUUGAACUUUGCAAACGACUUGAACUAUACCGUCUUCACUCCGUUGUCUAUCAACGAGGUUCAGCACAUCACCCUGUUGUCACUUGCUUACGCAAACCUCCAAUCUUCUGUGAACUUGUUUGACGGUCCAACCUAUAUCAGAGAGUCUGCUAGAGUUGAUAACGUUGUUACUCAGGACAAGUUGUCACAUGCCUAUGACCAAUUGGUUGCUGCUAUCCCAGCUUGGGAAGCUUUGCCAGUCUCAAAGAGACCUUCUGCUGCUUUGGACUCCCUUAACAGUGUUUUUGGUACUUCUUACAAGCCAUUCGAAUACUAUGGUCACGAGCAACCAACCAAUGUCUUUGUCGUUUACGGUUCCGUCGAGUCUGAACUCUUCACCACUGAAAUCGUCAAGAUCUCCAAGGAGCAUGACCUGAAGAUUGGUGUUAUUGCUACCAGAAUCCCAUUGCCAUUCGACUCUGAGUCCUUCCUCUCUGUGAUUCCACAAACCACCCAAACUUUGACUGUUAUUGGACAAUCUUUGAACAACUCAUCUUCUCUCUUGAAGAGCAACGUCAAUGCUACUGUUUUCUUGAAUGGUUUGUCAUCAAAGUACAAAGUUUCCGAGUUCAUCUACUCUCCAACCUUUGUUUGGUCUGCCAUUGCAGUGGAGCAGAUUGUCAACUCCUUUGUUGUCAUUCCAAAGAAGGAGUCCAAGGGUGAAACCAACGGUGCUUCCACUGUCCCACAAGGUGAAUUCAUUUUCUGGUCGUUGGACAACAGCAAAUACAUCAAUGCUUCUUCCAAGAUUGCACACGCUUUCUCUCUCGAUGCUAAUGUCAACCUCAACUUCAGAACCAAGUUUGACAACGAGCCAGCUGGUGGAAUCUACCAAGCCCAACUGUCUGUCUCCACCUCUGUUCCAGUUGUUGGUGAGAUUGAUGCUGCUGACUUGAUCGUUGUUGACGGUAAGCAGGUCUUGGAGAACUUCAACGUUGUCAAGACUAUCAAGCCACAAGGAACCAUCAUCAUUGCUCAAGAGGAGUUGCCAGCUGAUUUGAACGAAUUCAUCGAGAAACUGCCAGCUCAAUUCCGUCGUAACGUUGCUAAGAACGAGAACAAGUUGGUGUUCCUUGACUUGACUGCGAUUGGUGAAUUGCCAGAGGCUCAGGGCCGUACCGGUUUGAUUGCCAUUCAAGCUGUGUUCUGGAAGUACGCUGCUCCACAGCUGAACAUCAACGCCAUCGUGAGAACCUUGUGGCAAUCUGCUGGCUCUGAGAUUGAGCUUUUGGCUGCUGUCUUGACAUCUAUUGUUGAGGAGACUGUCUUCCCUAAGGGUAUCAAGGAGUUCGCUGUCGACUCCAAAUGGGCUGAGUUGCCAUUGGAGGAAAAUGAGGUUUCAUUGCCAGUCUUUGUCAACGAAUCUUCAUUCGAAGCCAACCCAAGAUUCACUCCAGAAGCCGAGGUGCCAGAGAUCUCCUCCUAUGUUGAUGUUGCUAAGAAGUUGGCAUUCAGCGAAUCUUUCAACACCACUAACAACCUCAGACCUGACCUGCCAGUCCGUAACUUUGUCGUCAAGGUGCAAGAGAACCGUCGUGUCACCCCAUCUGACUAUUCCAGAAACAUUUUCCACAUCGAGUUUGAUAUUUCUGGCACUGGUUUGACCUACGACAUUGGUGAAGCUCUUGGUGUUCACAGUAGAAACAACACCGAGGAGAUCAACAAGUUCAUCGAGUUGUAUGGCUUGGAUCCAAACGCUUUGAUCCAGGUUCCAAAUAAGGACAACAGCGAUCUGGUUGAGACAAGAACUAUUUUCCAAGCUUUCACCGAGAACCUGGACUUGUUGGGUAAGCCAGCAAAGAGAUUCUAUGAGACCUUGGCUCCAUUCGCCACGGAGGAGAAGGAGAGAAAGCAGCUGGAGACCCUGGGUUCUGCUGAAGGUGUCGAGCUGCUGAAGAAGUUCCAAGACGUCGAGUUCUACAGCUACACUGACAUCUUUGAGCUCUUCCCAUCAGCCAGACCAUCAGUCGAGGAGUUGGUAUCCCUGGUCCCACCUUUGAAGAGAAGAGAGUACUCCAUCGCUUCCUCUCAGAAGAUGCAUCCAAAUGCUGUUCACCUGUUGAUUGUCGUUGUCGACUGGGUCGAUGCCAGAAAGCGUAAGAGAUUCGGUCAGUGUUCCAAGUAUCUGUCCGAGUUGGCUAUCGGCACCGAGCUUGUUGUUUCUGUCAAGCCAUCCGUCAUGAAGCUGCCACCACUGUCCACACAACCAAUUGUCAUGAGUGGACUGGGUACCGGUUUGGCUCCAUUCAAGGCCUUUGUCGAGGAGAAGAUCUGGCAGAAGGAGCAAGGUAUGGAGAUUGGUGAGAUCUUCCUCUACCUGGGUGCUAGACACAGAAAGGAAGAGUACCUGUAUGGAGAAUUGUGGGAGGCUUACAAGGCUGCUGGUAUCAUCACCCACAUUGGUGCUGCCUUCUCCAGAGAUCAACCAGAGAAGAUCUACAUCCAAGACCGUAUCAGACAGACAUUGCCUGAACUCAAGGAGUGUAUUGUUAAGAAGAACGGUUCCUUCUACUUGUGUGGUCCAGUCUGGCCAGUUCCUGAUGUCACUGCUGCUUUGGAGGACAUUGUUGCCGAAGAAGCCAAGGAGAGAGGUGUUGAGGUUGAUGCUGCCAAGGAGGUUGAGGAGAUGAAGGAGAACUCCCGUUACAUCUUGGAGGUUUACUAA